AUAAUUCCAAAUAAGAGAGUUUAGGAAAGAAGAAAAAUAAACUCUAUAUAUACUACCAUCUUCUCUUACAAGGUUACAAAAACUCUCUGCCUGAGAAAGAACUUUCAGGUGCUGAACGCCAUGGCUUGGUGCUUAAACCAACGCAUGUUAUCUUCUGUUAUCUUCCUCCUUAGCGUCUCAUUAUGCUUAUUGACGAAUCAUUCUUCCAUUGCUGAGAAGCUUCCAAGGUUUGAACACCAUCUAAAACCACAACAACAAUCUCUUAACUUUUUGGUUGUUGGAGAUUGGGGAAGAAAAGGAAACUACAAUCAAUCUUUGGUGGCCCAUCAGUCAAACAAUAUUGAUGCAUACAUCAAUGGACAUGACCAUUGUUUGGAGCACAUAAUCGACAAAGAGAGUGGAAUUCCAUUUUUCACAAGCGGAGGCGGAUCAAAAGCAUGGAGAGGCGAUAUCAGGCCAUGGGAUCCGAAAGAAUUGAAGUUGUAUCAUGAUGGACAAGGAUUCAUGUCUGUGCAGAUCACAGAAAAUAAUGCUGAUAUUGUAUUCUAUGACGUUUUUGGCAAAGUUUUGCAUAGAUGGAACAUAACCAAAGAAAUGAGUGCAGCGGCAUAGAUACAAUAAUCGAAAUAUAUAUGCAUAUAAUUUUAAUUUUGUGUUCCCAUAAAUCCAAAUAAUGAACUAUAAAUUUGUUAUUAUAUUCGUGUUAUAUUAUAUAUAUUUCCCGUGCCAUUCAGCUCAAGGGAAAGUGAAUUAUA